UACGUAGAAAUAGUCGGAGCGGCGUUCCGCUCGCCGUCCAUCGGUCGCCGCCAUUGUUUCCAUAGGCGAGCGAGCAAACGAGUAAACGAAAGAAUAGACUCGAACAUGCUAAAAGGGUGCACGGUGAUACAUCGUCGGAUCUAGUCGGAUCCGUGCAGUCGGAACGCGUGAAAAUUGCAAUAGAACGCGUUCGAUCGUUCGGUCGUUUUAGCUGACCGAGAGAUAACGUUGACGAAUCGACGAACCGUUUAGUGUACGGUGACACGAGACGUAAAAAGACGUUUCGGAAGAAAUCUUGCAUCGAACGGUGUCGUACACACGCUGUUGUUCGAGCGGUGGUGGUGUACACACGGUGAUAGUGAUGGUGAUGGUGACGGUGGUGUCGGUGUCGGUGAUGGUAAAAAGAGCGGUGCGUUGGCCCUUUGUGUUCCGCUCGACGAAUCCUGUUCUUUCGGUAGAAAGGUCGGUUGCAUCGAGCGCGUUCCUUUGACCAGAUCGAGCCGACCGCCUGGAAACGAGUUCGAGUCGAGAAAAUUCUUUCGUUGACCCUGAAAAUUGUUGUUCGCAUGCCGACAGAACAGUGUCCGCGAUCGCUAAUCGUUCGGGGUAAUUACGCGAUCGGGCAGCAUCGGAGACGUCCUGAAAUUCUGACGGGCCGUUUCAGUAACGCGAAAGCGUUAUUUUUCUCAACGCGACAACCUCCGAGCUUCGAUCGCGAAACGUUAUGUGAUACUUUUUGGUGUUUCGCGGUCGCUCUGCCUCACGGUCAUCUUCCAUUCUGCGAUGCCGAACGCGAAAAGGAUGUUGGGACUGGAUUCCGUUUCACGGCAAAUACGAAGCGUUUGUCAACCAACAACGAUGCUGAUACUGUUCAUUUUAUCGUUGGGUGACAUACCCUCGAUAAACGGUUCUUGCGAGUUUCCAAGUGCUUGGACCGGAGAAUGGUUUCAGUAUGGAAAACCGGUAACGAUCAGCGUGAACACGACCGUCUUGGGCGAAAGGACGUGCGUGGAACGAUCGGAACAAUCGUACAUCGUUUACGGCGACAAUUGUUAUCAUUGCAUAAUCGUGAACGACCGACACGAAAACGUGAUCCAGUUUCGCGAAGGCUGGUGCCAACAGGAUCAUACGAAUUUAGAGGAGAUGUGCAUGAACAUCAAGUCUGACGAUACUCUGUAUUCGAUGUUUCGCGUGAAUUCCAAACCGAUACCGUGUCCAUUCAGCGGGCCGUCUUUUACCUUCACCUACGACAAAGGAUACGGCGAGUGCUCGAUGCCUAUUAGCCUCGGCGAGAAAUGUACCGACGAGAGCAAAUUGCUUCUCAAGUAUCAAGCGUGCCCGGACGUCGAGAGAAGCGAAAGUAACACGGAAGAGUUACAGUGUCUCGCCAUAUGGAACGACGGCCGUAACAAAUACCUCGUUGGAACGUUGAAAGGAAGAAGCGUGUCUGGCGCCGAAAAAACUUACAGAUGUUUCUUGUACGAGGAGAAGACGCAUCAUCAAGGAAAAGUGGUGUAUCUGCUUGCUCAAUCCGGCGAACCGACAUGCAACGGCCUAACCACGGUUUCCGAGGGAUCGCCUACGAUAAAGCUGACGAAAGUCGAUAAAGAGCACAACAGAUGCAAAUAUCCUUCGUGGAUCACCGAGCAUCACGAUUGGCAUUCUCUGGACGGUACUAAAGUUUAUCAUUUUACCAACAAGAACGCGACGCUCAAAAUCAAAGUACAAAAUUCCGAGGAGGACGCGUUUCACGAGGAGAAGAUCGUUUGCCAUAAUCUGGAAAAAUUGCAUCCGACGGAUAACGCGCAAGGAUACAAAGUAAAAUUGAUCGCUCACGUAACCAGCGGUUGCGACAUUGGUUACGUUUGCAUGAUAUUCCACAAAAGGGACCAUCACGUUAUAGAACUGCAGCAAUCGGACCAAAAAGCUAUAAUGCCGGACGACGCGUGUUCUCUCGUGGAUACAUCUACGAUGCCGUACACCACGUUGAUAAGCUCGUCGUUGCGUCAACGAAAGUGUCCUAAUCCCGGGCGAUACAUGAUUCUGGGAUUUGCCCCGUUCCAUUUGCCUAACGCGUCGUUUCGCCAACAGCAGCGUCGUAGCGAGAAACGAUCUUCGAGGAUCACUAAACGAAGAACUUGGCACGACGAUGCAACGCGGAAGGAAUCGCGUGAACAUCAGCCGCUACAGCGCGAACACGAACGCGAGCACCCACACGAACACGACCAACAGCACCAUCAUCAUCAUCAUCAUCGUCAGCACGGAGGAGAACUACAGCAAUCGCAAUACGGCGAACAGUGUAGGAGUAGCAGCGUUCGCAUAGGUUGCGCUUCGUCGGAUCAAAGCGAGAUCGUCGUUGGAAAAACGUGCGAUAGCGAAGAAACAGCGUAUUAUUGCCACGGCAGUUGGGAGGAGAAAGGUACUUGGUACACGAUAGCGUCGCUGAAAACCGAUCAGACUUUGCCGGGUCCAGGACAAACCUUUUGCUUUUCUAUGCGACGCGACGACACCGAAGGAAAAUCGUCGGUAACCGGCAAAACCGUUCGAACGAAACACCCUGAACAGGAGCUUUGGUUCGCGAGAUUCGAUCGCGUUUGUCGGACGGAACAAACUGAAGAUGGACGCACUUACACGCUCGUCGAUCAAGGAGUGUGCGAAGACGUAACGAAGGCAGCUUCCAGCUUGGCGUCGCUCUUUUCCCUGUCUCGAAUUCUGUUCCUUGGAACGGUGGGAAAUUGCGCAGCUGUUUACAUGCUUCUGUUCAGAUGAUAUGCGAAUUUCAAGUGAAACAAAAUCAAUGCCCGCGAUAGGAUCGCGUGCGUUUCGCCGGUUACGCGAAACGAACAGAGAACAAGGCUGCUAAACCCCUCUGACGAUCCUUUAGUGUUUUCGCAAGGAUCGAGACCAAAAACGAGCGGUUCGAAUCGGACGAUCGAUUUGCAUCGUCCGUAAGAAAGGAGUUGCGAUCAAUCAUCCGUUCGACCAAAUAUUUUUCAAUUUUUCCUUAUUCGAUCGACGAUCGUUGCGUUUUACGUUUUCCCCUUCCAUUUUGUCUUCGUUUUUUUACACUUUUUUUUACAACCCUCGAUAAAAGAAAAUAAUUCGCGUUCCUAUUUUUUUAUCUUUAUUCCCUGCUUCCGUUCGCGUUUGUAUUUUAUUCUUUUUCAUUCGCUUCUCGAGUCUUUCAACGAUACGUUCGAUGUCGUUUUGCUUUUGCGAUUACCUAUUACCGCUAACUACUACUAUCACUACUACUAGUAUUAGUACUGCUGCAGCUGCUACUAUUACUACUACUACUAUUAUUAAUACUACCGCAACAACUACCUAAUGCGACUACUACUAUCCGUUUCGACGCAACUAGAGACGUACUUAGAUUUUAGAGUUUAAGUCUCACGCCCGUCCGUUUCGUACGAUGGUCGAUGGAUUUUUGUCCGAUAAUAUCUAUAUAUCUAUAUCCUGUGAAUUUGUACAUUUGCACUCGUAUUUUUUAUAUAAACGUAUGUUAAAGAAGAGAAUCGGAGCGUUACGUUUGUUAACGUGCCGGGUAACCGCAAACGUUAGUUUGAAAGUUAAGAAUACGAACAACGAUACCUCGAUCGUUUUCGCGAAAAUAAACGUGAACGAAGCACGACGUAUACCUAUAAUAUAUAUAUAUACACACACAUAUAUAUGUAUAUUAUCGAUCGACGGAAUACCGUGCACCCGCAGCUUUUGUAAAUAUAAGCAGGGUAUAACGAGUCAAGACCAUGUUCGAUCUCGAUCUCGAGUGAAAUCGAUAUAAUCCUAUAACUAUAAAUUCGAUUAAUGUAACGCGUAACAAUUACGGAUAAGAGGAUAAGAGAAUAAUUUUUACGACUCUUAACCAGCUACACUUUGUACAUAACGAAUUAAGCGCUGUAUAAAGAAGACUGUUUUUAAAAGAGUAUAAAGUUUUCCACUUACGAUCGCGUUUCAUCGUCGAGGCGCGAAGGAAGCAGCUAUACCGUAUCGAGGUCAUUGGACGCUAACGUAAUUAUGAUCAAAAUUGAACGGCAACGUAUACUCGAAUUACGCGUUUACGAAUUUCCUUUUACUUUCGUUUCCUUUCGAUUACACGAACGCGUUAAAUAUGCCUAACGCGAAAAUAUCGUUUCUAUUCGAACUCUUGAAUCGUUUUCUCGCAACAAAACGAUAUCGCUGUCCAUUAGCCUCGUUGCAUUCUACGACUAUUUGUUAUCCUCGAACAGCAGAAAACGGCAAAGACGUAUGACUGUGCUGAAUUUGAAAUCAAGAAACACGCGCGUACAUACACACACACACACACACACUAACAAGAACACACACGCACACAUUGGCACACGGUGACAAGCGAUACACAAGAUAUUUUAUAAAGAAUCGAGACUGUUCCGGAAAUCAUAUAAAUAGAAUAUACGUGUACGACGAUGCGUUGGUUCUAAUCCGUAAGAUAGGCAAAUUUUUAAUAUCGAGAUAAAUUGUUAUUUUUAUACGCAUAAAACUAUUGUUCCCAGUGUGAAUCUUAUUCGCUCCGUCGCUCCUCAACUUACUUAUCUAUUGGAAAUUCUCUUCUCCCCGAUUUAUUUUACGAUCCGCCCUACGUUCCUUCUCGGUAGGUAUAUUUCUACGCGACGCAUAUUGUAUUUUCUACUUUCCGAUAGAUAGGAAGGAUCACGCGCUUAGCCGCGCGUCCGAACAAAAUUCCAACGGAAUAUCGUUGGAUUCGUUUCUUUUUUCGUUGUUCUCGGUUUUUCCGAAUUCGCGUCGGUACGUGGCUCGUUAACGACGAGAAAAUUACUGUGAUCGUCGUUGCGGGACAAGUGCCGACGUAUCGCGCGAAUCGAUUAAGUAGACCGUCGCGUUUCGCGUAAUGUUCCUGCAGUUUGUACGCUAUAAGAAUCGAAGAAAGCCGAAUAAUAGAUAAGCGGUUGAUAUCGGCGAUAGGAUGGGACGCACGAAUACGCGUGAUUCGGACAAUGCUGGAAUUCUGAUCGACCACCAAGAUAUCGUGCUGGUAUGCGUGCGCUAUUUCCUUUUACGCCGUGUACGUUGCGAGAACGAAUGUAUUUACGAACCGAUGCGUGGAUCCUAGGAGAAUCGAUAAAUGCGUGAACGCGCGUUACAACGGCGCAUAGUAUUAUUUCUUUACGAUAACGUUACGAUGCGAACAUCCUUAACAACGACAACCACAACGACGACGACGACAACGAGGACAGCGACGACAACGACGAUGACGCAAAAUGAUGUGCGGUUUAAAGUAUAGUAGCAUUUAAGAAAAUUCGCGCGUUACUUGUCUCGAACAUGUUCCAUCGAAAAUGUACCGAUCGUACAAUAAAUGUUGCGAAGCGAGAGUGCACAAAACACGAAGGUCGUUUCGAUCGCGUUCAGAAGCGGUAUGCUAACCGUUUGAUACGUAUUCGUACGAUCCGAUCGUUUCUUUCCGAUUGAAACAACCGUGUACGAACGCAACCGUUGCGUUGACCGUUCGAGAGAUAACGAAACGAACGUAAAGCGUCGCGAAGAAAACCGUUGUUCGCCUGGAAAUAAAGGAAUUGGUGUCGCGA